UCGACCACUUCGUCACGUUGCAGCAAUAGUGAUGCUAGCUACAGUUAGAUAAAUCUUAGCCAAUCGCAGUUCACCGAGCUGUCGAAAGAAGGGUAUAAAACGGCUCGCAUUUUGAAGGGGAGCAUCACUCCGGAAUAUAUAGCACUGGAAAGCGAGCGAUGCAGGAUCAUAGGACUACCAAAAUGCAUUGUGCUGCCUUGUUCUUGGUAUCUGCUUUCGCUAUGGCCGUGCAAGGUGUACCAUCGGCUAGGACAUUUGGCUCAUCACAGCAUCCUAGUCACAGCGUUCCUGCGCACCAUCACGCCAUUCACGGGCACCAGGUUCUCGUUGAAGACGGCUCUUUCGUCUCUGCUCUCGUCUGCCAAGUUGUCAAGGUUCCUGUUGGCCAGUCCGGUGCGCAGACAGCCAUGCCGCCCCACAACGUCCCGGCCUCUGCUGCAGCCGGUUCCCAGCCGGUUGUGGCUUCUUCGGUCAUCUCCUCAUCGCAGGACGCCUUGUCUAAUCUUAGGUCCAGCGUCAAGACGGCCGUAGAAAAACUUGUCGACCCUGUUGUCGAAGCCUUGCAGAACGCCUCGAUGUGGCUCAACCGUACGUCGCAGCUUCACCUCAACCAAUCCCACCAACACCCUGCUCACCACUCGCACCAGCAUGGCAGCCAAGUUCACCACGCCGCCAUGCACGCGAUUGACAAGCACCACGAGCAUCAACACAUGCAUGGUGGCCAAGUCGACAACCACGCGGCGCAUGGUCAAGCCCCCAAUCACCAGGUUCACCCUAUUCACGGUCAUGGUACCCAGCACAUGAUUCCACACUCGCCUGUGCCAAUGACCAUCGUAUCCGUUCCUGUCCUGGUUCCCGCUGUGCAUGCCGGCUCUUUUCCCUUCGUGAAUCUGUCUGCCGUUGUUCCUGCCGGCGUCGACAUGGCCUCUCUGCAGUUCUCCAACCCCGGGCGGGAUAACACCACAUCGUCCUUUGCCGUUGCUGCCGAAUCUGUCGCUGCUACCACCCACCCUGCAUCAACGCCCGCAAAUAGCGGCCUCGUCGGCCGCACUGGUGCUCCACCCACUGCGCCAGGCACAGACGCCUCGGAUGCUCUGUCGUCGGACGUGCACACGUCUACAGCAGCUUCCGACAUUGCCACGCUUUCGGUUGGGUCUGAAAACACUGACGCCUUGGCCAGACAGUUUCCGCCUCCUGUGGUCCACCGCCCAGUAUGUCCUUACGAUUGUGUGCCACCGGAACGACGGCGGUAACACCUGCCACGUUGCGGUUUCUCACGGCGGCAACAAGCCUUCACCGGUCUGUAGCUAGCGGGGCGAUACAGCCGUCAUUAGUGCUCCGGUUGCUUCGAAGAAAAUUCUUUUAUAUAUGUAUUUGUCGUUGUGGCAGAAGACAUUUAGCAUGUGUAUUUUGCGUUGACAAGCGCUGCAUGUAUAUGUGACAAUAAAGCGGCAUAUUUUAUCUAUA